AUGACUGGGGUAUACGCGAUCAAUCAGGCCGGUCAGAAGGAAGUAAACGUCACAAUCGAAGCUUGGAGUACCAUCACCGGACUAACGGACGAGCGCCUCAAACACUGGGUCACAGAGGUAGUGCUGCCAACACUGCCGGUAUUUCUCGACUGGUCGAGCGCCAUCAAGUCUAAGCACAAGGGCUCCACGGGGUAUCCAAGAGAAGAUGUCAUCAAGGCUAUGAGCGCCGAUCUCGGUCACGUCAAACAACCGGCCGAAGUAUUUAUCAACAGCACUCAGGUGUCACCUACGGCAGUAUGGGCACACACGUGUCUUAUUGUCCGUGGACAUCUGGAGAAGGUGGAAGCUUGCGGCGCAUAUUUCGAGACCUCUCUCCAAUACAAGGAAGGCGCGUUUGACUUCGUCAAGUUCCUGAUGAAGAACUUGAGUGAGGCGCGUUGGUUAAAGAUGGAAAAUAUCGCAACAGCGGAAGCGGCGAGAAUUGCAUUUGUACAAAAGACAAAUUGGACUGCAGUCGCGUAUCUCGAUGGCAAAUUCCAGCCAACAACCUCGUCAAGCAAUCCAGCGCAACCCUCCAAGCCUAGCGUACUCAAGCCGGCCGAACGCGGCGGUCCUUCCAACAGCAACUCCCUUCGCCCUGCCGCUACAUCCUCAUCUUCUACCAAGGGACAAGAGGCUAGCCAGUCUGAUGGAGCGGGCAACGGUGGACAAACCGCUGUAGACGCGGAAUCUUCGAACAAUCCAGCAAAUGGAGUCACACUGCAGGCAAAUUGGAUCACCAGCGCGAUGUCAACACAAGCUACAAAGACGCGAGAUGCGAAGUGUACUCUUGCUGAAUUCAAAGUAUGGCUUGCUAAAACACUCAACAUGGUAGCCAUAAACGAGAAGCUCGCAAGUAUCGUGAUCUAUGUGGAGGACCUCGAAGAGGACACUCCGCCUAUCCAGACCGAGGCCAUGUGGCAGUCAGCCCUAAGCCAAGCUCACUCUACGCCAUCCCAGGGAAACCUAAUCAUCGUCAACUGCUACUCCGAGUUGAUACCAGGGGCCCGGAGUGAUUGGAUGGAUACCCCCCCUUACCGAGAUCUCCGGUACCAGGGCCACGAGCGGCCAGGCUCGUCCUCGGACAAUCUAUCAAAGCCAAAUGCAUUCCUCUUGUCGCAACAGCGCUCAGCACAGCAGGCCUCGGAGCUUAUCCAAUCCGUACUAGGCAACAGCAUGGAUGGCAUACUUGUCAACCGCGCCCCUGGCACUAACGCAAGCGCCGCUGACCUCAACUUCGAAGCCACGAACCCUUUUGGCGAUGAGGCUGACGCCUUCGCAGGUGUCAAGCUUGAAUCAUACGAUGUCGUCCAGGGCUGGCUAACCGUUUUGAAGCCAGAGUACAAUGAUGUCACACGUGCGAAGGCAUAUCUGAAAGCAGCGCUCGGAGACGAUGCAGAGAUCAUCGACCGACUACCACUACGACGAAGCGAGGAUCCACUUCGCCCUGGGCAGCAGCGUGAGGGAGAUGCGCACAAACCGCACCAGAUUUGCUUUCUCUAUUGGUCGAUCACGAUGGAGAAAGUCUACGGAGUCCUGUUUUGUUGUGAUGGCUGUGGGACAGGCAAGUCCCAUGAGUUCAUCAGCCAUCUGCACGCAGCUACCCUAUACUGGACCCAGCGAGACCAGCCUCCUACCAAGCCGACCCUAGUGGUCUGUCCACGGACGCUGCUAGAGAAAACCUACCAGGAUCUCAGAGACCAGAUGGGAACGGGAUGGGAUGUGUACAAGUACGGCGAAGAAGCUGGUGCUCGUAAGGAGCGACUUCUCUUUGACAAAAGGCACAGCGUAUACACGGGUGCUCGUGCGGGACACACGGUUGUAGUGGCAAGCUACAGCCAGCUGCAAAACCUAAAGGAUACCGAGAGUGCGCGCAAGCAGCGGCAUAAGCUUUUCCUCCGCAUCAUUCUUGAUGAGGCUCAAUGUAUCCGUAGAUGCGAUCAGACUCGACAGGGUAAGAUCCUGAUGUCGUUUGACGCCUACUUCAAGGCUGUAUUCACAGGUUCGCCUGUUGUCGACACUAUCCUGGACUUCGACGGGUACUUGGCUUUCCUAGAGUUCGCCGGAUGGGGAUGGGUCGCCGAUCUAAACUCAACCCACAGCACCGACGAGGUUCGAAAGUCGCGGUAUGACAAGUUCAAGGAAGGCCUGGCUACCGGUGUCAACAGCCGCUCUGAGCCCCUCGAAGAUUGGCAGAGCGACUGCAGCUCAGUGAACGAGCUAGAUGCUCAAUGGAUCAAAGAGUCAAUCGAAGAAGGGUGGCAGUGCUCCCACUGGCCUGCACUCGUAAAAUACAACGGUGAUCGACCGCCAAGCCUUGAUCGCAAAGACCGCACGAAGAUCGACGGUCGGAUUAUCGUGAAGGACGUGCCGGCUCCUUUCGAGGAAAAUCCAUACGACCUCUACCAUCCUAACAACCUCAACAGCAUCAAGUGCUGUUCAACGGUCGCAUUUCGACACUACAUUGCUAGGCACCUUCUCAAGUCAAAGAUGGAAGACGUCGAUAGGAGAAUCGUUACUGAGAGGGUCAAGAAGAUCCUUGAGAUGUUGGUUCUCUCAAGAAACCUCUUCAGCACGGUCAUCAACGAAAAGGGUGAUGCAGUCAGCAUCGCCGGCGAGCUCCCUCCCGCCACCAUUCACACACAAGAUCUCCGCUUGUCCGCGGACGAGCUUCGUGCAUACAAAGAGCGAGAGGACAGGUGCCAACGUGAGUUUGCUGAGCACUUUGAGGCUGCAGCAUUGGAAAAGAGGAGGAAGGGCAAGGGAACGAAGUCGGAUCUAGCCAAGAUCGGCUCCAAGUUUGCCAAGCUCUCGGUGCUCUGCACCCACAUCGGACUCUCGGGGCUCGAGAGCAUGUCGACAGGGUCUAUUCGCGCCAUGCGAAAGGAGGGUCUUCCUCUUCUCACCGCAAGGAUGAAGGCAGCUGGAGCGUUGAGCCCAGAGGACAUGGAUCGUCCACUAGAUAGCGAUGAGGAGGUCCUCCGACAAUUUCUCUGGGGUUCACCCAAGAUGCGGUAUAUGCUGUGGGAGAUCCAGCGAGUGAUCCUGGGUAAAGCCAAGCCCACCAGUCACAGGAAGAUUCUGGCCACAUUCCAAUUCCCCCGCUCGGCUGAGAUGUUCUUGAAGCUCGUUGAGUUCGUGGGAGUCCGCGCGAUUCUCCUAGACACUAACAUGUCCCCCGACGAGCGGCACAAGAGUAUACGAGCUUUCGAUGAGGAGGAUAUGCCACAGAUUCUCAUCACGACAUAUGCCUUGAACAUUGCCGGCCACGACACACAGCAUCGUUGUGCUACGGUCGCGCAUGUUGAGCCAGCGUACAAUUGGGCUACAGAGCAUCAGGCGGCCUCAAGAGUCUAUCGCAUCGGACAAGAAGAAGCCGUGGAGAUUGUCCGUCUUUUCUGUGAGGAAACUUACCAGGAGGUCCAUGAGUCCGCUAUGAUCGACAAGGCUCGCAACAUGUUUGCGGCCUUUGAGGACCUUGAGUCUGCUAGCAAUGAGAUUGAGGGCCGUGACAAGAUGACUAGCGAGGAAAUUGCACGGAGCGCGUUCGGAAUUUUCCGCAAGCGUGUACCAGACCGCAAUGCCCAUGAUGUUCAGUCGUCGAAGGCUGAAGCGGUCGGCAAGGGAAAAGGAAAGGCCCCGGUGACAUAG